AAAAGAUGUUUUCCUGUGAUAUUCCAUUUUCUCAAAUCCAAAUCCUAUCGACGAUUUCGUUCUUUCUUCCUUUGAUUUCGCAAAUAAUUACGUUUUUAAAUCCUAUAUCCAAAUCAAAAGUUGUGUUUUGUUCUCUCUUGUUUGAUUUCAAUUUUGAACCCUAAAGUUCAGCCGUUUGAUUUUGUUUUGAAGAUGAAGACUGUAAUUGGUGCAACACUUGAAGGUUCAAGUAACAUGAAGAAGAUUCCUGACAAAUAUGUCUUAAAGGAAACUAAGGCUCACAUGCUAAAGAUAAAAUUUCACUACAACGGUUACUUUGUUUCUGACCCUGAAACAACAUAUAAAAAAGGGAAAUCUUAUGAGUUAAAAAAGGGUUUGGACAUAGACCAGAUUAACAUAAUUGAUUUGGGGAAACAAGUAAAAGAACUAUUAGGUGUGACAGGGGAAUUUAAGCUAUGGUAUGGGAAACCAGAGAAUGAUUUGAGUGAUGGUCUUAGGUUGCUGGGAACUGAUAGAGAUGUCAUUAGGUUCAUAAAUGAGUUUAAGGGACAUCCAAUUGCUGAUUUAUAUGUAGAAACCACAAGUGCAAAUUUUGUUGACCAUAGGUAUGACACUGGUGUUGAUGAAGAAGAGAUAGAAAUAGGUUAUAAUGAAGACAACAGUGAUCCUGAGUAUGUAGAUGAAGAAGGUAUUGAAGGAGAUGGUGAUGGUUCUGACUCUGUGUCACUAGAUGAUAGUGACUAUGAUGAGAAUUGGGAAUGGACUUCUGUUCUGCCUUAUGAAACUUUGAAUCCCACUGAUGCAAGGAACCAUGGUGAGAAUGUUAAUCUGAGUCUUACAGUUGCAGCUGAAUCAUCAAGGAACCCUAAAGCAACAACAUGGUCUGAUUUUGAAGAUGAAGAUGGUGACUCUUCGGAUCUAUAGAGCCCAAUAUCAAGUGAAGAUGAAAGUGGUGAGAAACAUUAUCCUAAGUUUAAAUUGAAUGAUAAUGAUGAGCAAGUUAAAUUUGAGGAAGGGCAAAUAUUUGCAUCUGCUCAGUUGUUGUGAAAGAAUAUGGUAUGCAAAGUAGGAAAAAUGUAUGGCUUAAGAAGAAUGAGAGCACAAGACUUGUGGUUAAGUGUAUGUCAGGUUGCUCAUUCCAUAUGAGGUUUAGUAAGGCUGCAUCAAAGAACUACUUUAAACUUGUUGUACAUAAGGCUGUUCAUACUUGUCAUAGGAUUAAUAAAAAUAGACAGUGUAAAACAAAAUGGUUGGCCAAGAAGUUGAUCCAUGUUUUGAAGCAUGCACCCGAUAUGAAAUUGAAGGCUUUACAAGAGGAUUGCAAAAAUAAGUGGGGUGUCAUGUUAAGCAAAUUUCAAGUUUAUAGAGCAAAGGUCAAGGCAUUAGAGAUGAUACAAGGUGCUAUUUCAGAACAAUAUAAACAUCUUAGGAAUUAUGCAGAGGAAUUAUGUACAAGUAAUCCUGGUAGUACAGUGAUAAUCAAGACUACACUUGGAGUUGAUGGACCUGUUUUUGAAAGGAUGUAUGUUUGCUUCUAUGCUUGCAAAAGAGCAUUUGUUACAAGUUGCAGACCUCUAAUAGGACUUGAUGGUUGCUUCCUUAAAGGAACAUAUGGAGGUCAAUUGUUGACAGCUGUUGGAAAAGAUGGUAAUAAUCAAAUGAUGCCAAUUGCAUUUGCUGUCGUAGAAGCUGAAACAAAAGAUUCUUGGUCUUGGUUCAUUGAACUCUUACUGGAAGAUUUAAAUUGUUUGCAAUAUAAGAAAUGGUCUUUCAUAUCUGACCAACAAAAGGGGUUGGUUCCUACUAUAGCUAGCACUUCAGAUUAUGUUGAACAUAGGCUGUGUGAAACACUUGUAUGGUAAUUGGAUGAAGAAAUAUCCAGGAGAUGAAUUGAAGGAAGCACUUUGGGCUGCAGCCAAAUCCACUACUAUGCCAGAGUUUACUAGAGCUAUGAAUAAUUUGAAAAAACUCAAUGAGGCUGCAUGGAAAGAUAUGAAUGAUUUACCACCUAGUAUGUGGACUAGGGCAGCAUUUAGUACACACACAUGUUGUGACCUGCAAGUCAACAUGUGUGAGGCUUUUAAUAGUGCAAUUUUAGAGUAUAGGGAUAAACCCAUAAUUUCAUUGGUGGAGGGUUUGAAAUUUUACAUGACUAAUAGGAUUGUGAAACUUAGGGAUUACAUGCUUAGGUAUGAGGGUGAUAUAUGUCCUAUGAUUCAGAAGAGGUUAGAGAAGUUUAAAAAAGAUGCUGAUUCUUGGUCCCCAAACUGGUGCGGAGACAGUGAAUAUUCCAUGUUUUCUGCUUCUAAUGGAACUGAUACUUAUGUAGUUAACCUUAAAGAAAGGAAUUGUUCAUGUAGAAAAUGGGACCUAUCUGGUAUACCUUGUUGUCAUGGGAUUGCAUGUAUUUGGUUUAACAAUCAAAACCCAAAUGAUUAUGUAUCUCAUUGGUACAAGAAAACAACAUUCCUUGAUACUUAUAACAAUAUCAUCCGUCCUUCUAAUGGACCUAAAGGAUGGCCAAAUGUGGAUGCUACACCAAUUUCUCCUCCAUAUGUUAGAAGAGCACCGGGAAGACCGAAAAAGCUUAGAAGGAAAGCAAAUGAUGAGCCUAGGGGUUCUAAAAAGAGGAAUCAGAACACUGUUACAUGCACCAGAUGUAAAACUUUAGGCCAUAAUAAAAGGUCUUGCAAGGGAAAGACAACUGCUGAUAGGAUGAUUCCAAAGGGUGGAAACAAGAGUAACUGUAACAUGAAUCAACCUGGACCAAGUGCAACUUGUAAAGAGUCUGCAACAACAAGUAAAGGGACUGCAACAACUGGUACUAAAGGGCCUGCAGCAACAAGAAAAAGGACUGCAACAAUUGGUACUAAAAGGAAGAAUGACAAUACAACUCCUAAUGUGAUUACACCAAGUGCAACAACUAGACCAAGUGGACCAAGAAAGAGUGCUAAGAUUGCUACUAAUGCUACUGGGACUCAACAAUCUGUCAACAAGCCUUAGAUUGAUAUUUUAGUGACAUUUUGAUAAUGGACAUGUUAUGUUAUUUUGUGUUACGCAAGUGUCUUGAACCUCCAUUUUGGAUGUAAUGAAUUGACUUGUUAUGUCAUUUUGAUUAUUCUAUAUGUAAUGACUUUACCUAUUAUGCUUAGUUUGGAUUUUAAGUCAAAUUUUAAUGACCAAAUUGUCUUGAACUCCCAAUUUGGAUUUAUAGCAUUGAUGCACUUAUUGACAGAUUGGUAUUGGAAAUGUGUGGUAUUG